CUCACACUUUACCUCCUCCAUCGCGCACCAACCCUCGGCAGUUCACCCGCUAGCCCCCCCCCCCCAACCCCACCCCACACUUCCUCCCGCACCACCACCACCACUACCACCAGGGUCCUUCUCUUAUUGCGGCAGCCUCCCCCUGGAUCGGGCGGAACACACGUUUUUGGCCGGACUCCACCGGGGCACUGCUACAUGGGGCGCACGGGCUCGCACGGAAGAUGGUCCGCUCGCGCCGGUUUCUAGGCGUCCCGCUCAACGCGCCGGGAUUGGAGUUGUCGGUGCGAGUCCGCGUCUUUUCCCCACCUCGCCCGUGCUGACGGGGCCAAGUGAGACAUAUGGGUCCCUCCGCGGCGGCGCGGCCACCGCUCGAGGAGCCCCGGCGGCCGCGCCAAUGGGGCGCGACGGCGGGAGGCUGGUUCAGGAUCACCCUGGUGUCGUUCCUCGCCACUUUACCUGUGGAGCAGCUGCGCGCCUUCCCCUCGUCCCUCAGCGACUGCCAGACGCCGACCGGCUGGAACUGCUCCGGUUUUGAUGACCGGGACACAGACCUGUUCUUGUGCGACACCAACACAUGCAAGUUCGACGGGGAAUGUCUACGAAUUGGGAACAUGGUGACGUGCAUUUGUGACUUCAAGUGCAACAACGACUAUGCCCCGUUGUGCGGCUCCAACAAUCACAACUACCAGAACAAGUGUUUCCUGCACAGGGACGCCUGCAAGCAGCAGUCUGAAGUCCUCAUCGUGUCGGAAGGCGCCUGUCCUGCUGAUGCCGGCUCAGGAUCCGGAGACGAUGGAGGCGAGGGCUCGGCCGAGGAGGGGCAGAAGGAAACGUCUACCUGCGACAUUUGCCAGUUCGGGGCUGAGUGCGACGUGGAUGCGGAGGACGUUUGGUGUGUUUGCAACAUCGACUGUUCCCACAUCAGUUUCAACCCGGUGUGUGCCUCAGACGGUCGUUCCUAUGACAACCCGUGCCAGGUGAAGGAGGCGUCCUGUCAGAAGCAGGAACGCAUCGAGGUCAAGUACCUAGGCCACUGCCAAGGCGACAUCAAAGGCGAAGAUGGACACUUUGCACGGACCGACCUCACAGGUGAUUGAUGAAAAAAGGAUCCGAGGAACGAGCUGGCCCGCGGCCUGUCUAUCCCCUGUCCAGAUCACUACAAAAACUACUGCGUCCACGGGGAGUGCCAGUUCCCAAGUAUCCUGGCUCCGCCCUCCUGCAGCUGUCACUCAGGAUUCAGAGGCCCCCAGUGUGACAUCAAAGACUACAACGUGCUCUACGUGGUGCCGGGCUCCGGCAAACUGCACUAUGUCCUCAUCGCCUCUAUCAUUGGAGCACUCCAGGUGGUCAUCAUCUGCGUGGUGGUGCUCUGCAUUACCAGGAAGUGCCCUCGGACCAACAGGAUCACCCGGCAGAAGCAGAACAAUGUCCACUUCAGUACGGAGAACACCAUGCGCGCCUCCACGCGGCUCAUCUGAGCCCGGACACACCGGACAGGGUCCACCCUCCACUUUACGGAGCGCCGUGGCGUUAGAUGUGCGUGUGUGUGUGUGUGUGUCCCGUCCCCCCCCCCCCACAGUCCCAUUGUAAGCCAACCCCUUGAAAAUUAGGAUCUGCCCACCCCCCUCACUCCUCGCUCGUCUUUAAGGAUGCCCAAGGAGGAUGGCGGUCAACAGCAACGCUGGCGUACCGGCCAGAGGUCCCCACAGCCCGCCACACCGGGUGUGUAUCCCCGCACUGUGUCACUCCCCCCACCCCCAGGUUUUUUGUUUUUUUUUGUAACUGAACAAUGAGGUGUUAUGGGGGGAAUGAGGAUACUGACUGUGUGUGUGUGGGGGGGGGGGGGGGAUGUGUAUUAGAUGUGUGAGCUUUGGUAGCGGCGGGCUAGCCGGUGUCUGUCGUUUCUAGAUGAGGGGUCAGAGCAAAGCGGGGUAGCACAAAGCGGGGUGACGGGCUUCAAAUGAGGUGCGCGGUGUUCGGUCCGGGAGGGGGUGGCAUAUGGGGGGGGGGGGGCUACACGUGAUGCCUUUGCACCUUGUGUUAUAGGAGACCUUUGACAGAGGGAACAAUGUUAUUAGAGAGCUGUCUGUUCGGUUGUGACGAUGGCGUCGGCUUCUGUAUCUUGGGUUCUACUUCAAUAGUUAUUACUACAUUGUCUUGAUGGGGUCAUUUUUCUGUAAAUGUAAAUAAAUAAUUUAUAUCACGAAAUGUAA